UUAAAAGUAUUGGCAACUCUCUGGCCCAUACAGCUGAUUGUGUAAGCACUGAUCAGCUGAUGACUGUGUAAAGAGACAAGAGGAAGGUCUAGAUAGUUUAAAUAACCUUAUUCAGUAUACACACUCAGUGGUAGCGGAUCACCAUCAAUUCAUCUGUAAUCAAAUCUAUAGUUUCAGGAACCUCAAGACCUCUACUGUGUUGUAGUUACAUCUUCUGUAAUUUGAUAACGAGACCUUCAAUCACCCUCUUACUAUUUAAGAGAUGAUGCUGAAUAAGCAAUUAAUGAAGGCGGUGCUAGGUCACACUUGCAAUGGCCGGGUUAUAGUGGGUAAUUCUAGGCCCCACAUAAGACUCAGCAGGUGCCUCAACACCACCAACCAGGACAGCUCAACCAGCGCCCAGGUGAAGGAGGUGUCAGAUAAUGAACCUACUCAACAGUCCAUUGUCAGGAAGCCUAAACGACCACCAUUUAUCAAAAACCUCUUUUUGGGCAGAUUUGACAAGGAAAUGUUGACAUACCCAGAAGUGUUAGACAAGGACCGGCAUGAGUUGUUGCACGAGAUGAUCGUUCCUAUUGAACGGUUCUUUGAGGAGCAAGUGGAUGGAGAAAAGAUUGACAAGGAAGCCAAGAUCCCUCCUGAAACAUUGCAAGGCCUGAAGGACUUAGGAUUGUAUGGGCAACAGAUUCCAGAAGAAUAUGGUGGCCUUGGGCUGGGGGCCACAGAGUAUGCACGCAUUGCUGAGAUCACUGCGAUAGAUGGAUCUAUUGCUGUCACUCUUGCUGCUCACCAAGCCAUUGGAUUAAAAGGUAUCUUGAUUGCUGGGACAAAUGAACAAAAAGAGAAGUACUUACCUCAGCUGGCAUGUGGUGAGUGGACAGCAGCAUUCUGCCUAACAGAGCCUAGCAGCGGGUCUGACGCUGCUUCCAUUCAGACCCGUGCUACACUUUCAGAGGAUGGUACAACGUGGUUGCUGAAUGGAAGCAAAAUCUGGAUAUCCAAUGGUGGAUAUGCAGACUUGAUGACAGUUUUUGCUAAAACUCCAGAAGUACUACCUAGUGGAGAAGUACGAGAAAAAGUAACAGCAUUCAUUGUGGAAAGGGGAUUUGGGGGUGUGAGCAGCGGCACUCCUGAAGACAAGAUGGGUAUCAGAGGAUCAAACACUUGUGAGGUCUACUUUGACAACACUCCAGUACCUGCAGAAAAUGUUCUUGGGGAAGUUGGAGGUGGCUUCAAGGUGGCCAUGAACAUUCUCAACUCAGGCCGCUUCUCCAUGGGCAGCUCUGGUGCAGGGAUUUUGAAGAAGAUAAUGGGCUGGGCUCUGGAACAUGCUGUUACACGGAAACAGUUUGGGCAUCAUCUCUCAGAAUUUGCUAUGAUUAAGGAAAAGUUUGCACGCAUGAGUGUUGCCAUCUAUGCUAUGGAAUCCAUGGCAUAUCUAACAGCUGGAAUGAUAGAUGGUCAAGAAGAAGCUGACUGUUCAGUAGAAGCAGCUAUUGUCAAGGUGUUCAGCUCUGAGGCUGCAUGGCAUUGGGGUUCUGAAUGUCUGCAAAUUCUGGGCGGCCUCGGGUAUAUGAAGUCUUACCCAUUCGAGCGAUAUCUUCGUGAUGCUCGCAUUCUCUUAAUCUUUGAAGGGACAAAUGAAAUUCUUCGUCUGUUUAUUGCCCUAAGUGGACUCCAGCAUGCAGGAAAUGAAAUGAAGGGGAUGAUCCAGAAACUGCGUAACCCUCUGAUGAAUCCUGGCUUCAUUCUUGGCAAGGGCAUUGAGAGAAUACGCCAACAUAAAGAUAAUCCCAAACUAGAUCUGAAUUUGUCCGACAGCCUCCACCCAUCCCUGAAAGCAGCGGGCGAUAUUCUCGAGUACUGUGUUAAGCGCUUCCAAUAUAGUGUAGAGACAGUACUGGCUAGACAUGGUCGAGAAGUAGCAGACCCCAAGAAUCAGCUGGAGUUAGCUCGUCUUGCCAAUUGUGCAAUGGACAUUUUUGCCAUGACUGCUGUGCUGUCACGUGCAUCUCGUGCAUAUUGCAUAGGAGUAAGAAAUUCUUCUCAUGAAGUGCAGCUUGCCAUGACAUUUUGUGAUGAAGCUUCUGCUCGUAUCAAGACCAUGGUGAAGGACAUUGAGAAUGGUCCCUUCAUAAGUAAUGACAGUACCUAUGCAAAAAUUGCUGACACUGUCAUUGAACAUGGAGGAUAUGCAGCAGAACACCCCCUAACACGGGUCUUCUGGUAAUUUGUGAUUAUUGGUGUAUUUUUCAAUAGUCUUGGCAUAAGAAAGUUUUCUUGGUACUGUACUGUAUUAGUUCAAUGACUGACUCAGGAGUUAUCUUAUAUUCAUUAUUUUAGAAAUGUUCAUUAUACAGUACUGUGCUUGCAGAUUUAUGAAAAUAUGAGAGGCUUAAUUCAUUCUGGGACUGAACAGUGAUUGUAUGUACAUAAAGACACAACUUUUAUAUAACCAGAUUAUUUUCGUACAGCAUGAUUGUUCUUAUCAACAUUAUUCAAAAAGCACUAGUUAUUGUUCUUGAAUGCAGAAUUAAGGUUCCCAAUUUCUUUUGUAAACUGUACAUCAUACAACAUUAUAUAACUUUGUUAAAAGACUUGUUUUAGAAUUAAAGUCUCGUAUAUUUUAGUACUGUACCAAGUUAUGCAUAAAAUGGUAUUGGAAAGAUGUGUACUUUGGAAAAUGUUCAAAAACUCGUUGAGUAUAAUGUGUAAGAAACAAACCAUGUUUUGAUUUAUAAAAGACUGUGAACCUUUAUGACCCUGUAUCACUUUGAAUCUAGAUACCAGCUAUCUUGUGUGUAUCAUUUGAUAUGGUUUCAUUAUAAGUUAGUGUGCAGUGUAACCAUAUUAUUUUGUAGUAUUCUAGGUGACAAGUAAGUCUGGCAGCAACUAGUUUGCAAUUUACCCUAACUGUUUUAUCUUGGGGGGGGGGGGGCUCCUGCUUUCCUUACCAUAAAAUACAGAAAUUUUUAUUAGUUUACUGUUAUCACCCAAGAAAGCAUUAUUAUCCAUAGGUAAUUGUAAAUUUUAAUGUUUUUAAAUAUUUUCCAUAAUAGAAUGUGUUAUCA